CCUUUCACUAGGAUGUGAAGGCCGUAAUGUCAACAGAUAUGCGAAGCUGGAGACAUGAAUCCGUCAGUCUUUUUUAAUGCAAUAUAUAUUAUCUUUGGGUCUAAAACCAGUUGGUUGAGGAUGAAAGACGUUAGGUUUAAACUUUUUUCGUGGUUUUUGUUUCUGCUGCUCGUGAAUAUCAGCAUUUCAGAGGCACUCGAAAAGGCUAACUCUGUGGACUCUUACAAGAGCGAUGACAACGGCCAGGAGAACAAUCAGAUACUUCAUAAUAAGGACAAAUAUCCGAAAAAAGAUACACUCGGGUUAAGUGAACCACCGGGGAAGUCCAAUGAAACUACCGAGGACUACAACAAUGAGACCCUCCACUCUACAGCGGCUGCCACCAAGCCAACCACACCAGCACCCCCGACCCCGAAGCCAAUCCUGCCUGUGCAGACAGGGGUGAAGGCCCAGGAGGAAGAACAGUCAAGUGGGCUGACAAUUUUCUUCAGCCUGCUUGUAAUUGGUAUCUGCAUCAUAUUGGUGCACCUGCUUAUCAAGUUCAAGCUGCAUUUUCUUCCUGAGAGUGUGGCAGUUGUGUCUCUAGGAAUCCUAAUGGGAGGAUUCAUUAAGAUCAUUGAGUUCCAGGAACUGGCCAACUGGAAGGAGGAAGAGAUGUUUCGACCCAACAUGUUUUUCCUCUUGCUUCUUCCACCCAUCAUUUUUGAAUCUGGAUACUCUUUACACAAGGGUAACUUCUUCCAGAAUAUUGGCUCCAUCACCCUCUUCGCUGUGAUUGGUACAGCUAUCUCUGCCUUCAUAGUCGGUGGAGGUAUCUAUUUCCUUGGCCAGGCUGAUGUGAUUUAUAAGAUGACCAUGACUGAUAGCUUUGCCUUUGGAUCUCUGAUCUCAGCCGUGGACCCUGUAGCUACUAUUGCCAUAUUUAAUGCUCUCAACGUGGACCCAGUUCUCAACAUGCUGGUGUUUGGGGAGAGCAUCCUGAACGACGCAGUCUCCAUUGUCCUCACCAACACAGCGGAGGGCUUCGUUUCCCGCUCUGAUAACUCCAUGGUAACUGGCUGGGAGACUUUUGUGCAAGCGCUGGGGUAUUUUCUUAAGAUGUUCUUCGGUUCUGCUGCUCUGGGAACUCUGACCGGACUCAUUUCAGCUGUUUUUCUGAAACACUUCGACCUGAGAAAGACGCCAUCGCUUGAGUUUGGCAUGAUGAUCAUCUUUGCAUACCUUCCCUACGGCCUGGCAGAGGGACUCAAACUGUCUGGAAUAAUGUCUAUCCUGUUUGCGGGGAUUGUGAUGUCUCACUACACCCAUCACAACCUUUCUCCGAUCACACAGAUCCUCAUGCAGCAGACGCUGCGCACAGUCGCCUUCAUGUGCGAGACGUGUGUGUUUGCUUUUCUCGGCCUUUCCAUCUUCAGCUUUCCACAUAACUUUGAAAUAUCCUUUGUCAUCUGGUGCAUCGUCCUGGUACUUGUUGGCAGAGCAGUGAACAUCUUCCCUUUGUCAUUCUUGCUGAACUUUUUCAGAGACCACAAGAUCACGCCAAAAAUGAUGUUCAUCAUGUGGUUUAGUGGGUUGCGAGGUGCCAUCCCUUAUGCCUUGAGCCUUCACUUGGGCUUGGAACCCAUCGAGAAGCGUCAGCUAAUCGGCACCACCACCAUCAUCAUCGUGCUGUUUACCAUCCUCUUCCUCGGGGCCGGGACAAUGCCGCUCAUCCGCAUUAUGGACAUUGAGGACAGCCAGUCACGACGGAAGAACAAGAAGGAUGUCAAUCUCAGCAAGACGCAGAAAAUGGGUAACACCAUUGAUACAGAGCACCUAUCCGAACUGACAGAGGAAGAGUAUGAGGCUCAAAUCUACCAGAGACAAGAUCUGAAGGGCUUCAUGUGGCUUGAUGCGAAGUAUCUUAACCCCUUCUUCACUCGUAGACUUACACAAGAGGACCUGUUACACGGGCGGAUCCAGAUGAAGACGCUGACCAAUAAGUGGUACGAAGAAGUCCGCCAGGGACCGUCGGGGUCUGAAGAUGACGACGAUGAAGCAGAGCUAUUGUAAACAAUUUAGUUCCUAUAAAGACAAUGAACGGGCUGUCGGUGUAUCCAUCAUUGAAGAAGAUCAGUUAGUCAAAGGCAGCUCUAAUUUCUUCACCUGCUACUAAGGUCAUGUUGGUAAAAAAUCUCUGCCUGUGGAGAAUUGUUUUUCUGGGUUGGGAAUGUGAGAAAUCAUCUUCUCAGCUAAUUGUAACACUGGGUAAAAACAGAAGAUUUAAUAUAUUUUUAGUUUCUUAAAAUACUGACUAGAUUGUCUGUUUCAGUAGGCUCCAUAUUUUUAUGAACAGCACACAGGGACUUGUCCUGUUUUCUUUUUUACUUUCAUGAAGCUCUUGUCCAACGGGAAAGCAGCAAAUAAACUGUGAAGGGAAUUUUUUUAUGUUUAUCAACACUGCGGCAACUCUUCCCUCUGUGUCUUUGAAUGUUGUCUUUUCUUAUGAAUAUUUGGUUAAGUUCCACUUAAAGCUAAGGUUUCACUUGGGAUCAGAAAGGGGAAAAAACUAAAGUCUUGCUUCAAGCAAGAUUUCAAAAGUGGAAUUUUUAAUAAGCUACAUGUUUGCAUAUUCUCUUUUUUUAAAAAACAUAUAGGUAAACACAUGCCUUGAAGCUGAAAUGCAAAUGAUGAAUGAGCUCCCCCCUCAGCAACAAGGCAGUCAAGAUAAAUUCAGAAGAGAGUUAAAACAAGUAGGACGUGUCGAGGAAAACUAAUCAUUUUAAUUAGAAAGCUUAGUUACGGGAGCAUGAUUAUGUCCCAGAAAAUUGGAAAUUACUUUCAUUUCUGUUUAUGAUACCUGCAUUUAUUUUCAUUUUCUGGUGUACUUCCUGAAUCUGAACUGUCAAAAGCUGGCCUUUGAGGGUUCCUCAUGCAUUUUGCAUACGGAUGCGUACAAAUGAAUGUGGGGUAGAUGGCGUUGGUGUAAUGUCUGCGUUUGCUACUGUUUUCUUUAUUUAUUUAUCAGAGCUUUAUCUGUUUUUUUUUUGGGAUUUGGUACGAGUUCUGUGGUCAUGACAGGAUUACUGGAACAGAAAGAGUCUAUAAUAAAUGAGAUUAUAUAUGCACUAAA